GCCGGGCGUCUAAUCGUGUUGCACAGGGGGUGUCUUCACUAGUUUAUGUUUAGAGUGUCCUUCCUUUAAGGUUUAUUAUAAGCUGGUGCAAGUUGCUGACUUAACAUGUAACUCUUUUACUAUAUACAUACAUAAAAACAGAGUUAUGUCCCAACAGGAGAUCUUGGUCGACUCAUCCCAGCAGGUACGGAAUAAUUCAGGAGGAAGCCGGAGCAGGAAUAGUGUCGGUCUCAUCGCCACAGGCUUAGUAGGUGGGACCAUCGCUGCCCUGUACGUAGUGGCCGCUCCGUUCGUGGCACCUGCCUUAAGGAAAAUCUGCCUCCCGUUUGUUCCCGCGACCACAGCACAGGUGGAGAACGUGCUGACGGCGCUGCGUGCCAGAUCAGGGACUCUGGUGGACAUAGGCAGUGGAGAUGGGAGGAUUGUGAUAGCAGCAGCCAAGUGUGGUUUUCAGGCCUCUGGCUUUGAGCUAAAUCCCUGGCUCGUGUGGUAUUCUCGCUACAAAUCCUGGAGAGAGGGGGUCCACUGCUCCACCUCCUUUCAUAUCUCGGACCUCUGGAAAGUGAGCUUUGCUCAGUAUUCCAACGUUGUCAUUUUUGGAGUUCCUCAAAUGAUGAACCAGCUCGAGGUGAAGCUGGCAAAAGAGUUGCCAAGCUCGGCAAAGGUGGUGGCCUGUCGCUUCCCGUUUCCUACAUGGGUCCCUGAACGUAUCACUGGAGAAGGCAUUGAUACUGUGUGGGUGUAUGAUGCCAAGACAUUUAGUCCACAUUUGCAGCAGGAGAAGACAAAGGAGACCACACAAGGACAUGAUAUGAAUGACACAUGAUUCAGGAUUUAGUGUGAGCAGUUAAAUACUGCUGUGAAAUGGUACUGUUGGUUGUUUUGACCUGCUUUGGAGGCCCAGAAUGUAACAUUACAGUCUGGGAAUUUUUAUGCUUUUAUGCCAUACACAUGUGCAUAUAAGAGGCAUUCAAUUGCAAGUGGCAGCUCCAUUGCAAAAAUAGGUCCCUUUUACCACAGACUGGCUCUAGAGAAUGACCUCACUUCUGGCCUGAGGUUUUACAAAGUAAAAUAUCAGUUGCCUUGUGUUUUAACAAAAUGAAUGUCUAUACCAAUACUCACCACAGUAAAUAUAUUCUAAAAGGUGAUAAUAAAAGAUGUUUCCUUCUGCUAAAUUG